GACAUUAUGGUAGUUUGAACAUAGGUUAUAUUAAAAAAAUAUGUCCCGCCAUCAAGUAUCCAAAACUGAAUUUUUUAGUAAAUAAUAUUACUUUAUAUCGCGUUUUCAUAUACACGAAAAAUAGAUUCUUAUGCGAAUGAACUGUUCGCGUAAUCAUAGUAACGUUUAGGAGAUAGUUAUCAUGAGCUUAUCACGUGUCAUUGUAAAUGUCCAAUGCUGUAUUCUGAUUACUGUUAACUGAGGCUAUAUAACUAACUAAUACUACCUUGCAUCUCUACACUCUGCACAACUUCCAUUCUCCAUAACGAGUUCUUGGUUAAUUUUGCACUUAUUAAAUUUAAGUGCUGUUCAAAAUUUACCGAUAAAUAAUGGAGAAGAUACUAAUCGAGCCUCAGAAUUGUAUCAUAGUGUCAUAUUUGUCUAACCUUCUUCAAACGAGUGCCGAAGAGGCAUUCGCCAACGGUGAUACACUUAAAGUUGGAUUAUCAGGGGGCUCUGUGGUUAAAUUAUUGGCACAGAGUUUACCUAAUAUUACAACUGACUGGAGUAAAUGGUAUUUCUUCUUCUGUGAUGAAAGAAUUGUUCCUUUUGAUAGUAAUGACUCCACUUAUGGAGAAUAUAAGUCAAAGUUGAUUGGAAAAAUACCAGUGACCGAAGAUCAGUUCAUAAAAAUAAAUCCUGAUCUAUCUGCCGAAGAUGCCGCAAAAGAUUAUAUUAAGAAGAUGUCUGUAUUUUUUCCUCCUGACCGUCUCCCAUGUUUUGAUGUGCUUCUUUUGGGAGUAGGUCCAGAUGGACAUACGUGUUCUCUGUUUCCUGGUCAUAAGCUUUUGAACGAAUCAAGUUUGUGGGUUUGUCCUAUUAAUGAUUCUCCUAAACCUCCUCCAUCUCGUAUCACUCUAACUCUUCCUGUAAUCAAUAAUGCAAAAAAAUGCAUAUUUACCGUUGUCGGAUCUAGCAAAGCUGAAUUGUGAAGAGAAUUUUGCAAGAUAAAGAAAAAUUUGCCAGCUGCUCGUGUACAACCGCACAGUGGAGAAUUGUACUGGAUCCUAGAUGAAGAUUCAUCAAAAUUAUUACAAACAGCCUAAAUAACAUUUUGCUUAAAGUUGACUAUAACAUUCCACUUAAAUAUCUUAUUCUGAUGCUCAACAGCUAUCUCAGGCAUACUUUUGUAUACAUAUGUGCAUCUUACUUAAAUGGCUAAUAGAUAAACAUUUAAAUGAAA